AUGUCGUUGGUCUCUCCUCAACCGACGGGUCUGAACCUCCCCGUGUCACAGGGCACAAACAGCCUCAGCACAACAGUUUCCACGAUGUCUGCCGCUGGGUCGUCGCACACUCCGGGAGUGACGGGGAGCUCACUAUCAGCACUGAACACCUCCCCUCCCACACCGCCCAACAGCACAAACAGCAGCCACUCAAUGGCACUGUCUGGCUUGAGCACCAGCACAGGGAGUUCACUGCUGCCUGUGAACCAUGGGAUUAACGCCUCGUUGAUGGCCAGUAAUCCCUUGGCCACCAUCCAAGCUCUCGCGAGUGGUGGGACCAUUCCAAUUACCAGCCUUGAUGCCGGCGGGAACUUGGUGCUGUCCAGUAGCGCAGGCAGUGCAGGGACACAGAGCAUCGUUACCUCACCCCUCUUUCUCAACCACCCCAGCCUGCCUCUCCUCGCCAGCAACCCCACGGCCGUCAGCCUGGCCUCGGCGGCCUCCCUGCAGACGAAGCCGCCCACAGCCUGCAGCGAGCCGGGGCUGUCCGCCGUCAGCAUCGGCCCCGCUGGAUCCAGCGCCGAGUGACCGGGGCGGGAGGGGAGUGGCCACUCACUCUGACUCCAGCUUCUCCGCUCCCUCUGGACCUGGGGAGAAGGUUCCCAGAGCGGCUGCGCAGGUCUGUGCUGUUGGAGGCUUGCUCACAGCCUGGCGCCCAACCUCACGUACUUCGACAUGGAUCCCUCAUGAUUUCUGUUGGAUUUUCUUUUUAUGUUUUCUCUGGGAUUUGGGGUUUUAUAUCAUUUAUAGUGUUUACUUUGUAUUAUUUCCCAGUGGGGAGGGAUUUAUCUAUUUAUUUACUGCUUGAAAUAUUUUAUUCAGAUACAAAGCCCUCCCCACACUACAAAACCAAACCCUACGCAUCUUCUCUGCAUAUUGCUACAAUCCAGUGCCUGAACACCCAGUUAUAUAACUCAAACCAAAAAAAAACACAACACUUUUUAAAACCUUUCUCCGGCAUUUGAAUACUUAAAUUAAGACGACAGUGGGUUUUAAUUAGACAUGAGCGGGUGACGGCUGUGUCCCUGCUCCAAUAUACCUCAUAGCCAGGGUUGGGCUGCAGUGGGAAACCCUCCUCUCUCUCUGCUCCCGGGUCUUCCCGUCCCCACAAACAAGCCCUGGCUUUCCUCCGAAAUGUAGUUAAUAAUGAAACGAGAAAAAACCAAAGUAAUGUUGAGAGGAGGAGUGGGCCAU